UUUGCUAAGUGAAAUUGAAUUCAGAUCAAUAAAAACGUGUUCCUGUUGAGUGUAUAAAAGUGUAAACAGGAAUAGAUAAAUCUCACAAGUUCAGAAGGAAUUGAAAGAGUGGCUGGCUUCAGAAGAGCUAAAAAUACCAAUUCUUGAUUCCUGAAAUCCGUCUGGUUUUGUGCUCGAGCUCAACAGUUGUUGUCGAUAAGCUUUCAGUACGCAAGAGGAGAUAAGAAAGUUCAUCGCUUUGGUUUACACUUCUCAAAAAAGAAAUUGUAACCAUGAUAAAGCAUUUGUAUCAAAAUGUACACUUGGAACUUUGUGAUCGGACUUAUAAAAUCAAUGUGGGGGGCAAAGUGUAAUUCGGUUCAGGUGCUACGUACAAUAAAUGGAUUGAUUUAUUUCCAACCUCCCGUGCCAAUAAAAAAGAAAGAUAAACUUUUGCGAUACCUGCUUCAAGGUGUACACUGUAAAGUACAGUGAAUAACAAUCGUCAUUGCUCAUUGGUCAUUUCGUCAAGGUAUUCUGAUUAAAAAUGUCAUACGCAGAUAUCGUGCAACAACUUCAAACUACUUUUGCAAGUGGAAAAACGAGAAAUGUCGAUUUCAGAGAACAACAACUCCAAAAUCUGCUUCGUAUGUACGAGGAGAAUCACACCGAAAUGGCUCGUGCAUUGGCUGAAGACCUCCGAAAGCAUAAACAGGAAGCGUACCUGAUGGAAAUAGAAUUUCUCAUGAACGAUCUGCGAAACACUAUCUUCAAUCUGCGUCAAUGGGUUAAGCCUGACAAGCCGGAGAAAACUGUCGUUAACUUGCUUGAUGGUGUGUUUAUCUACAAGGAUCCUUACGGUGUGGUUCUGGUGAUCGGGGCCUGGAACUACCCACUGCAGCUGACUUUGGUUCCAGUGGCGGCUGCGAUCGCGGCUGGCAACUGCAUAGUCAUCAAGCCUAGCGAAGUUGCACCGGCAACUUCCAAGUUCAUUGCCAAAAUAGUGCCGCAGUAUCUGGAUCAGGACUGUUAUCGCGUCGUAGAAGGAGGGGCAAAAGAAACGGCCGAAAUCUUGAGGCAAAAGUUUGACUACAUUUUCUACACCGGUUCCGGCCGAGUCGGACGAAUUGUUCAUCAGGCGUGCAACGAAAAUCUCACGCCUUGUACUCUUGAACUUGGCGGCAAGAGCCCAUGUUAUAUCGACGCUUCGGCUGACAUUUCAAUUGCGACUAAACGAAUUCUCUGGGGAAAAUUCAUCAACGCAGGGCAAACUUGCAUUGCACCGGAUUAUGUCCUCUGCAGCAAACAAGUGCAGCGACAGUUCAUCGAAGAAGCAAAGAACGUUCUGAAAGAGUGGUACGGAGAGAAUCCACAACAAAGCCCGGACUUAUGUCGCAUCAUCAAUCAACAACACUUUCAGCGACUGAGCACACUGAUUAAGGGCGCAAAGGUUGCGAUCGGAGGCCAAAUGGAUGCUACAGACAAGUAUAUUGCCCCUACGGUGCUAGUCGAUGUUCGUCCAGAUGAUCCAGUUAUGCAGGACGAAAUUUUCGGGCCGAUCCUGCCCAUAAUCAAUGUUGAGGGUGCCUACGAAGCUAUCGAAUUCAUCAAUGCAAGAGAGAAACCGUUGGCUCUGUACAUAUUUAGCACCAACACUACCCAAAGGGAUUUAAUUCUGGCCAGUACAAGCUGUGGAGGAGUUUGCGUGAACGAUACUUUGGCUCACUGUGGAGUUGAGUCCCUUCCUUUCGGAGGCGUCGGUCCCAGCGGAAUGGGAUCUUACCAUGGCAAAUACGGUUUCGAUACCUUCACUCAUCACAAAUCGUGUCUGAUGAAAGACUUCAAUGCCCUCGGGGAACGGUUGGCUUCAUCACGGUAUCCACCAUAUUCCGACUCAAAGCUGUCGUUCCUGUCAGCUCUGCUGAAGAAAAGGCAAGGCGUUUCGAUCAAGUUUCUGCCGUAUGCGUUGAUGUUUGGAGUCGGAGUUGCAUCAACACUGAUCAUCAAAUGCAUUACUGAGAACGUUAACUUCAUCGUGAGUCGCAGACAAGAUACGAUCGCUAUGUAAAUAUCGAUUUUAUAUUAAACAUCCUGUUUAAAU